ACGCUUUCACACACAAAAGGAAACAAAAUCCUUUGAAAAUACACAAGGAAACUUCUCAUCCCCUCUCUCGCACUACAAAACUCCUCGUCCGCCCUUUUCCUCCUCUGACUAUUCGCAUUGACCACCACCUCCACCCACUCUCUCUCUCUCUCUCUCUCUCUCUCUUCCGCCUUAGGAGAGUCCUACUGUGUUUUUGUAGGACUUUUCUCUUCUCUCUCUCAAUUAUCCACAUCCCUCUCUCUCUCUCUCUCUCUCUCUGUUGUGUUUGAUCGGUUGAAAUUUUUCGAUUUUUGUUUGUUCGAGGGUCUUGAUUUUGUUGUUGAGGAAGCGAUGGUGAAGGAGGACGAUUCAGCCGCGCUUUUCUGUGACGGCCACUUUGCCGCGCCGGGGUUUCGGUUCCAUCCCACCGACGAGGAGCUUGUCCUCUACUAUCUGAAGCGGAAGAUCUGUAAGAAGAGGCUCAAGAUUGACGUCAUCGCCGAGACCGACGUCUACAAGUGGGACCCUGACGAACUUCCUGAACUAUCUCUGUUGAAAACUGGAGACAGGCAAUGGUUCUUUUUCAGUCCGAGAGAUUGGAAAUACCCUAAUGGAGGAAGAUCAAGCAGGGCAACCAGACACGGGUAUUGGAAAACUACAGGAAAGGAUCGUACCAUUGUAUGCUAUUCACGGUCUGUUGGAUUGAAGAAGACCUUAGUUUAUUACAAAGGCCGUGCACCUAGUGGGGAGCGCACCAACUGGGUGAUGCACGAGUAUACCUUGGAUGAGGAAGAGCUCAAGAGAUGCCAGAAUGUACAGCAAUACUAUGCUCUCUACAAGGUUUACAAAAAAAGUGGACCCGGUCCCAAAAAUGGCGAGCAAUAUGGGGCACCAUUUAGGGAAGAAGACUGGGUUGAUGAUGAAUCCCCAGUAAUCAAGACUGCUGCUGAUAGCCAAAUCUCAGUGAAGCAAGCUGUAGAUGUUGUUUCUAUUGAUGAUGUGAAGGUCAAUGGGGAUGUCCAUUAUGCACCAAAUGACAUCGAGGAGUUCAUGAAACAGAUUGCUGAUGAGGCUGUGCUGCCUGAAAUGAAUGGGUACGGUUACACAGCACCCCAGGUUCUUAGCGAAGAAGAUACCCAAAGUACUCUGGUUGAUCUGUACUCCAGGGAAGUUAUCUGUGCUGAACCUGUCAGAGAGUUCAAUCCAAAUGUGCCGCAAUGCAAUGUGGACGCUAACUUUGACUUCACGCAGUCAUCUACCUCCCAAAUGCAAUCUUACGAGGCAUCUGAAGUCACAGAUGCUCCUGACAUUUAUGACCAGGACCCUCCUGCACUGCAUGAAGAGGAUUUCUUGGAGAUGGAUGAUCUUCUUGGUCCUGAACCUACUGUACCAAACACUGUGAACCCUGUAGACGACUUGCCGUUUGGAGAGCUAGAUGGAUUAAGUGAAUUCGACUUGUAUCAUGAUGCAGCCAUGUUUCUUCAAGACUUGGGGCCUAUUGAUGAAGGAAAUGUUGCUCAUUAUCAGUACAUGAAUUCUCAGGGGAAUAAUAUAGCAGACCAGUUUGAAUACCAUUUACAACCCAAUCCAGUAGCUGAAAACCAGGUUAACCAUCUGCUGAAUCCAGAAUCAACUCAGAUUAACAAUCAGCUGUGGACAAACACUGAAAGAGCAGAACCAAAUCAGGGAUCUCUCUCGUAUUCAACCCCAGGUGUGGUAUAUGAAUCUUCAAAUUUUCCUUCCCAAGCAACUCAAAAUCAAAGCGGCAAUGAGGCUGCAGGUGCUACAAGUCAGUUCUCUUCUGCUCUUUGGGCCUUUGUGGAGUCUAUACCUACCACCCCUGCAUCGGCUUCAGAGAGUGCUUUGGUGAAUCGUGCUUUUGAACGGAUGUCUAGCUUCAGCAGGUUGAGAAUUAAUAUGGCAACUACAACAGUCGCUGCAGGUAAUGAUUCUGAAACUAGGAGGGCAGGCAGAAAGAGGGGAUUCUUCUUCCUUCCGGUUCUUGUAGCACUAUGUGCCGUUUUUUGGGUUUUGAUUGCAACUCUCAGACCAUGGGGGAGAUCCCUCCCCGCUUGAGUCUGCAAGUGGGAAGUUUUGCUGCUAUAUAUAUGAUUAUAUUCGCCAUUGGAAAAUUGAACCAUUAUGUUUACAUAGGUUUUUAAUAUCUAUAUGAAUGUUGGUUGUAAAGGAUGAAAUUGCCUAGUUUUUCCUUCACUUUUUGUAAAUAGAAAAUUCAACAUAUAAUUUUUAGGUUAUGUGUUUUUGGGUCGCUAA